AAUGUCUUCUUAUCCCCUCUCUACAUCAACUUCCUCGUCAGCAUGGGGUCCUGGAUAUAUUCCUUCAAGUAUUGGCUACACCGACCGAAUACAAGAACAAUGGUCUAGAGAAUUUGAUCCAACACGUCUUCACAAAAAUGAAAUUUCUGGAGGUCCAAUGACCAAAAGCUACGAGAAUUUAGAGUUUGAAGGACCCUCCGUCCCCCGAAAAAGUUCUCAUCGGUUGGGGGAUCAACCCGAAAUAGGACUGCUGCUUUACGGCAUUUUGGUACAAUUGGCUAGAACGGGUGAGUUGGUCCAUUUGUUAAUUGAUCGUUUAUUUUCUUACGAUCCAACAAUUUUUUUAUUUUUUUCAGUUCGCAACAUUUUCCGUCCUGAGCAAGCUGAAGGUUAUGGUGGUGGUGCCUUUCCUCUCCCUCCUUCUUUUGCUCCACCCAAUGGACAACAAGGACUAUUAAAUGCUAGCCAAAGAAUUCUUGGUGUUGAUAAUCGUCCAAAAAUUAGUGCUGCUGCUAUGAGACGAGUUGAAUCACAAUUAGGGAGAGAUGCUUUGGAUGAUUCAAAUGAUGACCAACUAUGGAAAUCGCCUUUAGACGAAAUUUAUGCAGAAUUAGGCAUUAGCAGCAGUGGUUUAUUAGAUAGCCGCCCUUCAUUGUUUCCAGUUUAUACGCCAAAGUCGUCUACAGAAUACUUCUCUACAGUGACAGCUAAUCCAAGUUCAAUCCCUUCUCAUCGAAGUUCAGCGCUGGGAACUUACAGGUUGGGUGCCCCCUCCUCUCUUCGCCCAAUUUCUACAUGUUCGUCUUCGUCCACAACUGGCUGGGAUUCUUUGGAAGGCGAAAAAAGAGGUUUUGGAAAUUGGCGAAAUACUGAUAAACAAAUGCUUUUUGAUUGUUCUUCAACAAAUUCCCAAUCGCCAUUUGCUUCACAUUUAUAUGGUGGGGGUUCUGUUAGACGUCAAGACUCGAGAAUUGUUGGCUCCAAUUUUGUACAAUUAACGCAGAGGCCAAAAGACCGAUUUUUGGAAAAGAUUGACAAAACAUUGGCCGAUGUUCGUUCUGAGCCGCGGUACUAUCGUUCAUGA